UUGACAUUGACAGUCUAACCUCAAUAAAAAAAGUAAAACAAUGAAACAGAAUACAAACAUGGAUUUUAAAGAUUUAUGUAUUUUUUUUGAAGAAAUAAAACGAGCUAACGGACCUAGCGAUAAACAGAAAUUGGUGAAAACGAAUUUAGUAAAAAUACGAGAGCAAUUAAAUGAUUUAUCUAAAUUUUUUCAAGUUUUCAGGCUAAUUGUCCCUAAUUUGGACCGUGAGCGAGACUCUUACAACAUGAAAGAAGCUAAAGUUGCACGGAUUUUAAUAAAAAUGUUGGAUUUACCAAAUGGAAAUGAUAAAAAUGUAUUAAGUAAAUCUUAUUUAAUGGCGGCCCAAGCGAAUGAUUUUGGGGAUGUAGUUUACUCUGUUAUAAGAAAGUAUUUAUCAAAUCAUAAAACUACUUUGUCUAUCAAAGAAUUGAAUGAAGGUUUAGAUAAUUUAACAAAUAGAAAAAAUGAAUUGGAAGCUGAAUCAAUAUUAACAAAUUUAUUUAAAAAGGCUUCACCGGAUGCAAUUCGAUGGAUUAUUAGGAUAAUUUUGAAAGAUCUAAAACUUGGAUUAGGAUCAAAUACAAUACUUAAUUGUUAUCAUAAAGAUGGGGCAGCAUUUUAUGAUUCAAAUAGUAACUUGCGAAAAGUUUGUGAAAUUUUGAAAAAUGAAAAUGUAAGACUUCAUGAGUUGGAAAUUGAAAUUUUUGAAGCCUUUAGACCGAUGUUAUCUAAAAAAAUAGAAGUAGCAAACUUCACAAAAAGCUUUCCUGAAAAUAAAUUGUUUUAUGUAGAAAAUAAAUUUGAUGGAGAAAGGUUUCAAAUUCACUUGAAAGGAGAGGAGUUUCGGUAUUUUUCCAGGAAUGGUUUUGACUACACAGAUAAUCUAGGCAAAUCAUACGAUUGUGGCGUUUUAACACCAAGACUCGAGGGGUUAUUCCAAAACCAUGUCAAAACAGUUAUAUUAGAUGGUGAAUUAAUGUUAUACAAUAAAUAUUCCAAACAAUUUGGUUCGAAGGGGAUGAAUUUAGAUGUAAAAAAAUUGAAUUUAAACGGCCCUUAUCAACCCUGUUUUUGUGUUUACGAUAUAAUUCUCUUGAAUGACAAAGUGUUAACAAACGUCCCUUUGAAAGAGAGGCUGAAAAUUCUUCAAACCGUUUUUACAAAUGUUAAAAAAGGAACUAUUGAAAUAAGUGAAGUUGAAGAAGUUAGUUCGAGACAAGAAAUUGUCGAUGCUUUAAACAGGUCCGUCGAAAAGGGGGAAGAAGGGAUCAUUAUUAAGAACCCUGAUAGUAUCUAUAAAUACAGUGAUAGAAACAGUGGCUGGUUCAAGAUGAAAUUGGAAUUUUUCCAAGAUGUAAUGAAUGAUUUAGACUUGAUCUUAAUGGGAGCCGAUCAUACAAUGUCAACUUCAGACAAACUAAAUUCAUUUUAUGUUGGUAUUCGUUGUGGAAAUGCUCCAAAUGGCAAACCGCUCUACCUUUCUUUCGGUAAAGUCAGUUCAGGUUUAAAUUACGAAGAACAAUCUAUGCUUAACAAUAAAUUCAAAUCGGUAGGGAAACAUUUCGAUAAUUUCGAUUGUGAGAAUUUAUUAUUUGGAAAAGAUAAACCGCGUUAUUAUUUGGAACCUGAAAAUGCGGUCAUUUUCCAAAUAAGAGCUUCAGAAUUGACAAGAGAUAGUAGUAAAUCUUUCAAGACCCACUACACUUUUAGAUUCCCUCGAAUUUUGAAAAUUCGAGAUGACAAACCUGUUGACGAAUGUUUAUCUAUAAAUGAACUGUUGGAAUUAACAGAAAAUAAUAAAGCAGUUAUUAAAUUAAACAAAAGAAACAUAGAAUUAGAUGAAAUAAUAAGAUCUAAACCUAAACGUGUAAAGAGAAAGGAAAUAAUAAUGCCAAAAUUUUAUGAUACUACUAAAGUAUCCGAUAUGUUGGAGGGUUAUACGAUUUUUGUUCUUGAUGGAAGAGAAAACUUUGAGAAGGAAAACGCCGAAAGUUUGGUAAAAAAAGCAGGGGGUACUGUUAAAUAUAGAGUGAACGAUAAAGUGGACAUAAUUUUAACCCCACGUAGAAAUGCAUUUGUACAGAAUUUAAUUAAAAAUAAACCAAAGUAUGAUAUAAUAAACUUAACUUGGUUAGAACGAAUAAUAAAAGAUGGCAACUUAUUAGGAUACUCCCAAGAUGAAGUGUUUUAUAUAGGAUGGAACUAUAAAAAUUGUUUAGCUGAUGAAUUGGAUAAAUAUGGAGAUAAUUUUACUAAAGAAACUACCGUUGAAAAACUCAAAGAAACAUUUAGAGUUAUCAACGAUAUGAACGAUAAUUUUUCAUCAAAUAGUGCAUUUCUAAUGGAAGGACGAAAAUAUUUCGGUCAAUAUACAGCUUACUUCGACAAAUAUUUAACUCCUUCGAAUAAAGACUCUGAUAUUAUUUACAAUUGUUUUCUAGAUGAGCUGCAAUUUAAAUACCAUAAUGGAAAUACUUGUGAAACAAUUACAGAUUAUGUCAAUAUAAUUAUUUUUAACGGUGAUAAUGAGAGAAAAGAAUUUUUAAUAAAUUUUUUAUCCAGCAUUAACAGAUGUGAUAUCAAAAUAUGUAAUCAACAAUUUAUUUAUGAUUGAAAUUUGAUAUUGUUAUAUAUUUAAUAAUAAAAUUAAUUUAAAGAAAAAA